CUCUGCACUUGCUCCCAUUUCUUCUUCGUCCUCUCGUCUUGCGCUGGCUCUCCUGCCUCGAGCAGUAGUCGUGACCGUCUCGCAGAACCUCUCCUGCUUCAUUAGACUCUUAAACCUCGCAAUUCCAAAGAAGGUCCGAGCUUCGCUAGCUAUCGCGCUAGAGUCGCGAAUGGACUCUUGCUUGGUCAUGGACAGCUGGACAGUAGCGCAUGCCGCCUUCUCGUGCGAUUCGCUGGCGAAUUCGACCAGCGAAGGCCAUGUUGAAAGGCCCUACCAGGACGGCAAGCUAGAAGCACCCCUUGUAGUUUCAGGUAGAGGCGAGAGCGAGUUAGGUUAGCACGCAAGUGCCAACCGUUUCUCCGUCGCGUUUGUUCUUGCAGGUCUCGUCACGGCAUCGUGGUACGCGCCGUCCCCCGCGUCCACCUCGCCGUCCCAAACCCCGCCGUUUAAGAUCGCCCUUGUCGCCUCGUCGGACGACUCCGUUUCGUCGCUCGAUUCGUCGCUCUCCGCCUCCGGAAACUCCGCCGCCGCUGUCGCGAGAUCCGCGAAACCGCCGCCUGCUAUAGCUAACGCGCCUGCCGCCCCGCUUGCGGGUCCGCGUCCGCUGGUUCUGAACGCGUACGAUGGCGUGCUCGACCGCGAUCAAUUCGAAAGACUUGGCGAGUUGGGGCGCGGCGGGUUCGGCACGGUGGAGCGGAUGCGGCGAGUGGAGAGCGGCGAGGAGGUGGCGGUGAAGAAAGUGGCGCGCGCGCAGCUGGCGGCCGCGGCGAACGAGGCGAUGAUGGCGGCGUGGGUGAGCGCGUGCCCGAGCGUGGUGGGCGUGCGUGAGGUGCACCUGAGCGAGCAGCACGGGUACCUGCUCUCCGACGUGUGCUCUGGCGGCGACCUCCGAGGGCUCCUGGAGCGACGCAAGGCCGCAGCCAGCAACGCCACGGGGAGGAGGUGGUGGGGGAAGGGCAGCGGGGAAGGGGGGAGAGGCGGGGGACUGGCGGAGAGGGAGGCGCUGGAGGUGCUGAAGCAUGUGGGCGAAGCAGUGGCGUUCUGUCACGAGCGGGGCGUGGUGCAUCGCGACAUCAAGCCCGAUAACAUCCUCCUCGCCAGAGACCUCUUCUCGCCCACGCCGUCUGCUGCCGCCGCCGUUGCCGCUGCUCCUGCUGCUGCUGCCCGCACCUCUCCCGCUGCCCGAUCUGCGCCUCUCUCCUCCCCGCCUGCCUCCGCGCGCCUGGAAGCGGGGGCGGUGCGGCUGGCGGACUUUGGGUUGGCGCAGCUGGUGGCGGACGGGCAGCGCGGGUGCACCGCUCCUGCAGGCACGCCCGGGUACCUCGCGCCUGAGGUCCUCGCCCUCUGCCGCCCGCCCUCCGCUGGCGCCGGGGAAGCGGCGAAGCAAGGGAAAGAGGCGGCAAGGAAAGGGAAAACAACGAACACAGAAGCGGCAGGGUAUGGGUAUGCGGCGGACGUGUGGUCGUUGGGCGUGAUGCUGUACGAGAUGAUUGCGGGCGAGCGGCCGUACUCGGGUGAUGCGCCUCAGGAUGGGUCGUGGUGGGUGCGCGUGGAGGGAGCGGCGUGGGAGGGCGUGUCGGAGGAGUGCAGGGCGCUGGUGAGCGGCAUGCUGCGAGUGUGCGCGGCGGAGAGGCUCACCAUGGCGCAGGGUGUUUGGGAAUGCUGGUUUGCUCUGGUGGAUGGAGUGGCACUGCUACACGCGGCCUUGCUGCCUUGCUUCCUUGCUGACUUUCUGCUUAUCCGCUCGCCUCCCAUUUGCUCGGGUCCUUCAAGGAUUGAAGGAUUGAGGCUGGUAGUGUGGCUGCAGGGGCUGAUACUCGCAUAGAUUAGCUCUUCCAGUAGGCUCAUUUGUUUAGCUAAUCUAUAUAUUGUAACGUGUCGUUCUAUAAAAUGUGUGUUGUGGCUUGUUCCUGAAAGCUGCCAUGUGGCAGCACCCAUCCCUUCCCUCCGCUGUGCCCCUUCUUCUCUCCUCUCCCUUCCUCUUCACCCAUUUCCCAUUUCCGCCCCUCCCUCUUUGUCACUCCCCGCGUGCCCCUCGUGCCACACUUGGCAUUUAUGAUGCAUGCAUGGCAUUGCCAACCGUGCCAGUACGCAUUUCCCCCUUUCCACGUCCACGCACUCACUCUCAACCCGCCACGUCUUCCAGACAUGGCUUCCUUAGCCCCUCGCCACAUUCCCUUGCUUGCUUCCCUGUCCAGGAAAACUGUUUCCGUUCCUCCCUUACCCUUUUCCUUUCUGUUUUUUCUGUUCCCAUGCCCCCUUGUCUGGCCUUUCGCCAAGUCUUCCCACCUAGUCUGUUCCCCUUCCCCUGGACCUCUCCCCUCUUCCCUUUGAUCUCCUAUGUUUCGUCCUCCCCUCGACAUGCUAAACCAAUCCCUAGUCAGCCCCUCCCUUUCCUGAAAUUUCCCCUUUUUCUUGGUCGGUUCCGUUCCUCUGCUCAUUUCUUCUUCCCCUCUCCAAUUUGACCCUUCUCCUGAAUUUUCCCAUCCCCCCAGCCCCAGCGCAUAGGCUGAAGUGCGCAGAUCGCCUUCACUGCGGGUGCAUGGAGGCCUGGGGUGGAGCGCCCGUCCAGGUGGCAGCUCUGCUGCUUGUAUUGUAAGUACAACUGUCAUUCCGAAGAUGCCACGUCAGCAUGCCAUUGUUAGAUUGUCAUAUUUCAUUCUGAGAGCCCUGCCGGUUUUUCGUUCAGUGGGUUAUUCCUGGAUGGCACCUCUGCUCUUGCAUGCAUGCUUGAUGAGGUGGUCACACGCGUGAGUCAUGGGCAUGGGCAUGCAUCAAGCCAUGGGCAUGCAUCAAGUCAUGGGCAUGCAUCAAGUCAUGGGCACGCAUCAAGUCAUUGGCAUGCAUCAAGCCAUGGGCAUGCAUGAUGCUGCAAUGAAGGGGGAGUUGGCAGUACUGAAGCAGGUGCUGGCUGAAACCAGUGCCCGCGGACUGAAAGUGGACAAGGGGAAUGUCUGUUCCUUAACCAGAGGGGAAUGAGCUAAUGGAUACAGUGAAGGGGCUGGCAGCAGCGGAGGCAGGAUUUGCUGAGUACCAAAAGCUGGUGCUGGAGGUGGAGGGAAAGUGCAGCAGCAGAUGAGGAGAUGGCAGGGCCAAGCAUGGCGCAGGGAGGAGAGCUUCCUUGCCUUAGUCAAAUUAAGCAAUUGUGAGUGUAGAGCAGGGCAUCAGAUUGGUUUUGAGGUACCCUGAUUGCUCAGGGUGCCUAUUUUUCACGAGUAAAUUACUCUGAUUCUCUGAUUUUCAGAGUUAAUUUUGUGUACCACCCUUAUG